GUGUGUGUGUGUGUGUGUGUGUGUGUGUGUGUGUGUGUGUGUGUGUGUGUAUCAGCACUGAAGGAUCCCGGAGAGCCAGAGAACGAGUCCUGGCCUUGGCUCAGCUAGCGUGACCGGCGAAUGAGCCUUGUUCAUGCGUCUCCCUGCGUGCCACUCCCACACCACCAUGAACUGUGAGCAGGACUUUGGAGACGGGGGCUUGGGAGUGACCCUCACGCUACGACUGCUCAUGCAUGGAAAGGAAGUUGGCAGCAUUAUAGGAAAGAAAGGAGAGACUGUGAAACGAAUACGAGAAGAGAGCGGCGCACGAGUCAACAUCUCAGAGGGCUCGUGUCCGGAGAGAAUCAUCACCAUCACAGGCUCCACAGACAGCGUCUUCAGRGCUUUCACCAUGAUCACAUACAAACUGGAGGAGGACUUGACUGCGCUGGUGGCCAAUGGCACCAUCAGCUCCAAGCCUCCCGUCACCCUGCGGCUCGUCAUCCCUGCCAGUCAGUGUGGCUCGCUUAUUGGGAAGGGUGGCACAAAGAUAAAGGAGAUUAGAGAGAGCACAGGAGCUCAGAUCCAGGUGGCCGGAGAUUUGCUACCCAACUCUACUGAGCGAGGGGUAACGAUAUCUGGGAAUCAGGACUCUGUAAUCCAGUGUGUCAAGCUCAUCUGCACAGUAAUCCUGGAGUCACCACCAAAGGGUGCCACCAUCCCUUACCAACCGAGCCCCUCACCUGCUGCUCUUCUCAUCGCAGGGAACCAGAUUUUUGAGGCAUCAGAAUUUGCCCCCCACCCUCUGUACUCAAUCACCCAGGGUGGCCUGGACCUCCAGCAGGCCUACACCUUGCAAAAUCAAUACGGCAUUCCACACUCAGAGCUGGCCAAGCUGCACCAGCUGUCAGUGCAGCAAGGCCUGAGCCCCAUCGCCCAGCCCGCCUCGACAAUCAUGCCUGGGAUGGACUCAACUUCUCAGACAUCUCAGGAGCUCCUUAUUCCCAACGAUCUGAUUGGCUCCAUCAUCGGCCGUCAGGGAACCAAGAUCAAUGAGAUCCGGCAGGUGUCAGGAGCUCAGAUCAAAAUUGGCAGCCAGCUGGACGGGACGAGCGACCGCCAUGUCACGAUUACAGGAACACCAGUCAGCAUCAACCUGGCCCAGUACCUCAUUACCUCCUGUUUAGAAACAGCAAAAUCCACGGCCCAGGCAGCCACCAUGGCCUCUCCGGUCAACCUCAACAUGGCCUUCACCCAGUCCACCUCCCCGGCCGCCUCGCCCGCCCCCACCCUGGCCACCGUGGGCACGCUGGCCCCCGCUCACAUGCUCGGCACUCCGUACGGUGCCAUGCCGCUCUCUGGGCUGCUGGGGGUGAAAUCCGUUCCCUUUCUGACUCUGUCCAACCCGGCACCCACCGUGGCCGCCACCGCAGCGACCUCCCACACCAACUUGGCUGCUUACACUGCCAAAAUCUCCUCAGCAAACUGCAUCAAAAAGCCAGAGAGACAGAAGUUUGCUCCCUACUGACAAAGUCCCCCCACAUGUGUUUGGACGGACAGCUGCAGUGUUCUUUUGGAUAAGUAUUAAAAAAAACAACGCCUGAUGUAGCCAUAUUCGCCAGAAGAGAUGCUCUUGAUUUUAUUUCUGCACCAACACACACCAAUGGAUGAUGCCAUUUAAAAGUUAUUUACAAAUAUAAUUUGUCAGUUUCCCAUAAACUGAUGGACGCUUUCAUCAUUACUUCAUCACUGUUAUUUCUGAUCAUUACAAAAAAAAAAAAAAAAAAAAAAAAAAAAAACAUAGUAAUCUCACCUGAGAGGCAUGGUUAAGAGUCUUCACAUGUGUAUCUCAGUCAGAAAGUAUUUAUCCUUCAAUAAAUUUGUAAAAUGCUCUACUGUACGAUGCUUUUAUACAAUGUCUGUUUUGCCUCUUGAAGUUUUUAAGAAAAAUUUGUAAAUGUCUCAACAGUGUUUGUUUUCUUUUUAAUAACAUUUUCUCUCUUUUUAAAAAAAUAAUUUUGUUGGAUUUUACUGAAUGUGAAACCUGGUUAAUCUUUAUUUAUUAGUAUUGUUUCAUUUAUUAAAAGUCUUUCUGUUCCUGAUUUGGCCGA